AGAAUCGAACAUUCCUAGAUUGCCUCAUGCUGAUGGGGUCAGCAGUAUCUUUAAACUUACCUGAAAUGAAUAGGCCCGUUCUACAAGAAGUUGUUACUACAAUCGUAACACUUUCAUUGACUGUUGAACAAAUAGUUAUCGAAGACCAUCAUCUGGUACUUAAUGUAUACAUGCUUGUGAACGAAAAUUGGUUGGAUCCCCGACUAGGACCUAACGAUGAAACAAGAAACAGGGCCGUUUCAGGAAAAAUAUGGGAUCCGAAAAUAACAAACUUGUGUGGAGAACAAUCAAACGAGAAUUUAGAAAAUACAAUAUUUUGGAGGGGAUACGGAGACGGAGAUGUUGUUCUAAGUAAAAAAAUGAAAAUACGAAAUCAGUGCACCACAAAUUUACAUAAUUUUCCGUUCGAUACACAAAUAUGUGAAAUUAAACUUGGUUCAUAUCGUUUUAAAGAAGAAGAAGUUGUUAUCAAAUGGAAAAAAAUUGAGCCAGUUGUGAUUUUAAAUGAAAUCAAAUCUAACGAAUUUUAUUUAGAAAAUGUUUCUGUAAAUGUCGUGUUAGAUAUUAGACCUACGGGCAAUUUCAGUUCCGGUUUGGUCGAGUUUGCUAUAAAAAGGAAUCCAAAGCAUUACUUUAUAUCCAUUGGUUUACCCUGCGCAAUAAUAGUGGCCCUAAACUAUUUCUCUUUAUGGAUAAAAUCAAAAAAAUUCUAUUUAAACCUAUUAUCGGUGAUUGUUCAUUUUUAUUUUUAUCACUUAUCGACCUGUCGGAUAUAUCCAGUCUCAUAUUUUAAGCAUUUAGACAUUUCAGUGGGAAUAUCAACUUCAAUAUCAAUUUUAAUUUUUAUACAAUCAUUAAUAUCAGCGGAAAUACAAAACGAUACAUUUUUGAAAAAUCAAUUAAUUGUGAAAAGAUACAUAAAUGAAAAUUCCGUAGCAUUAUUAUCUAAAAUCAGUUAUCCUAUAUUUUAUUUCAUUAUUAUACUGAUAAAUUAUAGUUACUCAUAAUCUUAGAAUUAUAAAAAUAUUUAAAAAUUAUGUACAGAAAAAACUACAGUUACUAAACUC